AUGUUGUCUCCAAACUCGCAUGUAGGUUGGAUGCUUGCACACAACGCCAUCCGAAUGGAGAUCGAGGAAAUGAUUCAGGCGAUGGAAGCUUCUAAGAAACGCGGCGGUAUACAGAAAUGGGAAGAAAUAGCCUGCGUCACCAAGGCGUGGAAGACUCACUAUUUGCAUAUUCACUCUCACCAUUCCAACAAAGAUGCAAUGCUUAUGCCCUAUUUGGAAACGCGAAUCAGUUAUCCCGACAAGUUGACCUCAGACCACAAGGAGCUGGUGGCCAAGCUCGAUAGAAUCAAUGCGAUUGUCGAGUCGCUCGGUCAGAAGGAAGAAGGAGACUCUGUAACGGAAGUGUUUGGUGAAUUGCGUGAAUACCAAGGACUAAUGCUUCCACACUUGAAAGAAGAAGAAGUAUCUAGAGCGUAUUUCGAGCCUCCUGAAAUUGGUGAAAUCACUCAAAGGAUACUCGCCGUGGCUCCAAAGGUCGAGAUGGGAUCAUUCAUUGUAUGUCAAGGUAUCAACGAAUUCCGCAAUGGAUUCAUGGAAUGCCCAAUUCAAACCAUGCGCUGCUGA